GUUAACACGCCAGCUCUCAAAGUGCUCUCUCGGCUUUUGUCGUUCGCAGUUCGCAGUUGGUAGCUGAAAAUAAAAUUUGAAAAAUCAGCGCAAAGUCGGCCGUGAGACGGAAAAGAGCCGCGUACAGACAAAAAGCAGAAGAUCCCUCGUGAAACGCGAAAGUGAUAAAUUGUAUUUACGGAUUCUGUGACAAAGUGUAAAUUGUGCCAACAGAUAAUAUGCCAUUGAGGAAAUCAUCAUCGGUGUGACAGAACAGAAAGUGCCUUGAGAAAAAAAAAACUAUUUAACAGUGAAGCAUCGGAGGUUGUGAUAAAAAAUAAAAACGAUUGGAAUCAGUUUUGAUAAAAAAAAGUGAAAGUUUUAAACCAGAAGAAGCCUAGAGCUGCAGUAUUUACAAGGAUUAAAACAGAACUGUGGAUAAACUGCAGUGCUAGAAACUAAGCAGGAUGGUUGCCGGAACAGGAGCCUCCCAGCAGCAGGUUGGCGCUACGCCGACCACUUCGCAGAUGCCUCCAAGUGAGCAGCCGGUUGUGAAGCGACCGGGCGACAAUCGCAGGAGUAACAAGCCCAUCAUGGAAAAGAAGCGCCGCGCUCGGAUCAACAAUAGUUUGAACGAGCUGAAAAUCAUUAUCCUGGAUGCCAUGAAAAAAGACCCAGCUCGUCACUCCAAACUGGAGAAAGCUGAUAUUCUGGAAAUGACUGUCAAUUAUUUCCGCAAUCUUCAACGGCAGCAAAAUGUCGUAUCGCAGGCUACGGAUCCAAAUGUCAUGAAUAAAUUCAAGUCCGGUUACAACGAGUGCAUCCAAGAGGUCAGCCGCUUUGCCGACAUGGAACCAAUGACACGCCGCCGCCUGCUAGCUCACCUGAGCAAUUGUAUCAACGGAGUAAAAACCCACUUCCCAAAACCACGCCAGCCGUCUGUCCAGGUGCACAUAUUGCCUUCGCCACCAAGUUCUCCAGAGCAAGAUCAUCUGGCCCAACCGCACCCAGCCCAAAUCAAUGCAGUGCAAACUGGAAACGGCGUUUUCUUCACCAACCAAAUUGGAUCCAGCGUUCAGCUCGUCCCAACCAAGCUCCCAAAUGGAAGUUUAGCAUUCGUCCUACCGCAAGCAAUCCCAGCAGCUACAGCGCCGGUUCCGAUGCUAGUUCCCAUACCGAGCCGUACGGCUUCCACCGGUUCAGCAGCAUCCAGCCAUUCGUCAGCAUCCGCGUAUGACCGCGUUCCACGCGAACAUGCCACCUCGCCUUACUCUCCUCUGAGCCCAGCAAACUCUAGCUACGAACCCAUGGAUUGUCAUUCUACCGGAACUCCUGAACAGCAUCAAUACCUCCACUCGCAACAGAUGCGCUUCCAGCAGCAGCAACAGCAACAACAACAGCAACAGCGGGACUACAGUCCCGAAAGUCCCCUUUCAUUGGUCAUGAAAAAAUCCUAUCAGGACCCAAACCUCAACCAGGACGACAGCCAACCGUGGCGGCCGUGGUAAAUUCGGUCACACGUGUCGCGUGCGUUGAGUCACAAAACAAUUAGUACCUUAGUCACCAAGCAUCAAACGGAGCGCGACGACAACGGUAGCCGGAAGUUCAAAUGCGCUCGUGUCCACGAGCACCACCCAAGUGAACAAUGUAGUGCUCUUCCACCGCAAACGUACGGUUCGCGUAAAUCUCAAAGCAAAUGCCUCUACUGAAAUAGUUCAAAUAGCGUGCCCCGCGUGUGUGUUUCUGUGCAUGUAUAUGAUAGCUAGACAACAACAAUGUAGUUGACCGAUCGAGGUAACGAGAGGUUACGAACGCUCUGUGCCGACGCUCAUGUGAGUUCGCUUUCCCACACUCGCCUGUACAUAUAUUUACCGUAGCAAGCGGCGACGGAAUCGUACUAAAAGUGCCACGCCAAGUGAAUGUGAGAGUAAGUGCGAUCAACGUCAGCCGAGUGGCCAACCGGGGGCCAAACAGCGCGAACAGAGGCAGUAGUGGAAGCAACAAAAAUGUGAAUUUGCUACAAAGUGUGCAAUUGAAGCGCACCCAGCUGAAAAGAAGACAAAGAUAACAAGUAAAACGAAAAAGCCAGCCGCGCGCGGCACGAGGCAAUUUAUUUUUACUUUGAACGGUUUUUUUGUUGUUCAACCAACCACACCGCGCAUAUGGGUGAGUGAGCAAACGUUUGACCGAACAAAUCAGCAAGUGGCAAAAGGGAUGAAGUCGGCGCAGUGUACGGUCUUUUCGGGGGAGUGUGGAAGCGCGUGUGUGCCGAAAAAUUGCGUUCUUCGUUUGUCGUGCUCGCUCACCAAUCGCCACUUCCCUCGCGCUGUACGUCCGUCUGUCGAACGAAACGCGCGGACAAUGGAUCAUAGAACACUACACGAUUGACGUUCCGUAACCUUGAGAAGGUGCCUAAUGACUUACGCACGCUUACAUCGCAGCACAUACGGGGGUACGCUAAUGCUAGUCAUCCAAAAAAUCGCGGGCCUUUUGCGGUUGUUAUCCAACAGCGCUUCUGAUUCAUCCGGCUGCCGUUGACGUCGGUACCUGCUGCUAGUAGCAGCAGCAGUACUGCAAACACCAUAAAAAAAGAGAAGAGGUAAACAAAAAAAAGUGUACCCAACCACUCCCUCUCUGCGUUAGAGGAGCAAGCAAAGUGGAAUCGUAGCUGUGAAUAAUUUGUAAGGUUUAUUAGCGUGAUAAAAGCAAUACUUUAAGUAAAACUGGAAAGGAGUUCAAAACUUUACAAAAAAAAACUAAUAUAUUUCUAACCUACUGGUAGUAGCAAGCUUUUAGACACGUAUCAGCCUAGGAAGUCAACACGAACAAUCAUGUGAUUAGCUCUUAAAAUUUUCGUUUAAGAUCGUCUCAAUCCAUUUUUCGUUCAUCCAACAAAAUUGAUCCUCAUUUUUUUUUGUUAUACAAAAAAAUACUUUGUCCCUAGGAGCCAACCUGUAAAUAUAUAAUUUUAUAUUUUUUCCACGAAAAAAAGCAACCAAUAAGCGCGACAUUAAUCACAAAUGUCUUCCAUUAGCCAGGAAAGGAGAUUGAUUUUUUAUUGCAGUGUGGUAGGAGAGUCCCAAUAUGUCAUAGUCGCGAAUCAAUCAUGAUGUAGGGAAAAACAGCCGUUUCCAUAAUUUCGUCAUCCUAUUUUAUUUUUUUUCUAGUAUUUCGAUUUAGAUGUACGCUUCUAGCUUGUAAGAUUAGAUCAUAGACGAGGAAAAAACAAUAGGCAUUAUUAUUUAUAGAAGACACUACAACAAAAAUACCCAAGAUUGAAGCAAUUUUAAUUUGAUUAGGAAAAAAAAUCCUACAGCAAUCGAAAAUACAUGCUUAGAUUUAUAGAAAUUUUUAUCUUAUGAUAGUGAGGAUACUAAGAAAGCUAUUUUAAAGAACAUCAGAGAAAGUAAUAGAAAGCAAAA